UUUUUGUACUCUCUGUACUGUCAACUGUUUCGCUUCUAACUUCUACCGAGUUCGAUAAUCUUUUCGCCUCGUUUUUACUUGUUCCCUUCACCAGGUUUCAUUUAUAAAUUAGUCAAACCCGUUGAAAACAAACCGAAAUUAUGGCCAAAUUCGAUUUAACGUCGAAGAUAGGACAGUACUUAGACCGGCACUUAGUGUUUCCACUUCUGGAGUUCUUGUCUGCUAAAGAGAAUUAUGAUGAAACGGAAGUUCUGAAAGCCAAAUUGGAUAUUUUGAGUAAGACAAACAUGAUAGAUUAUGCGAUUGACAUCAGGAAGCAGUUGUACCCGAGAGAUGAGGUUCCUGAAGACCUGAAGCAAAGAAGACAGCAUGUAGUUGCUCAGCUGCAAGAACUGCAGCAGGUAGUCGAGCCUAUUUUGCAAAUUAUGGCAAACGAAGACAUCAUGAAAAAUAUGGAGAAUUUGCGGGAUUCCAAAACUUUGAUUGCUUAUCUGGAGAAGGAAGUUCGGUUUGAUAUGGACAUGAUCAAUUCCCUACACGCUCUUGCAAAAUAUCGUUACGAAUGUGGUAACUAUUCAGUUUCCACCUCUUACCUUUACUUUUGCAUGCUGGUGCUGCCUCCAAGCGACAAAAAUUAUUUGAGCGCUCUUUGGGGAAAAUUUGCUUCCGAAAUCCUGGUUCAGAACUGGGACUCUGCUUUGGAGGACUUAAACAAACUGAGAGAGCACAUUGAUAAUAGCCCCCAUCAGUAUGGAGGAAGCAUGCUGAAUUUACUGCAGCAAAGAACAUGGCUUAUUCAUUGGUCAUUGUUUGUAUUUUUCAAUCAUGCGAUGGGCAGAGAACUUAUCAUUGAAAUGUUCUUAUACCGUCCUCAUUACUUGAAUGCUAUUCAAACUAUGUGCCCUCAUAUUUUGAGAUAUUUGGCUACGGCGGUGAUCAUCAAUAGAGGCAGAAGGUCGGCACUGAAAGAUUUAGUUAAAGUCAUUCAGCAAGAAAGUUACACCUAUCGGGAUCCCAUAACUGAAUUUUUGGAACAUCUGUAUGUAAACUUUGACUUCGACGGUGCAAGGCAAAAGCUACGAGACUGCGAAACUGUGCUUUUCAACGAUUUCUUCCUGAUCUCUUGCCUCGAUGAAUUCGUUGAAAACGCAAGGUUGAUGAUCUUCGAGACUUUCUGUCGCAUUCAUCAAUGUAUCAGCAUUGGAAUGUUGGCUGAAAAGUUGAACAUGAAUCCGGACGAAGCUGAAUGCUGGAUUGUAAAUCUGAUCAGAAAUGCGAGAUUGGAUGCAAAAAUUGAUUCAAAAUUAGGCCAUGUUGUUAUGGGAGCGCAACCCAUGAGUCCAUACCAGCAGCUAAUUGAGAAAAUCGAUUCUUUAUCAGUGAGGUCGGAAACACUGUCUGCUUUGAUUGAUAGAAAACUGAAAGCAAAAACUGAUCUUCGUUGGGGACCUCAGGAAUUCUGAUAAGGCUAAACGGUUGAUUAAAUAUAAUUUUAUAUUUAAUUGAUAUAAUAAAGGUUUUCUAAUUC